GCCUUAGCUAAUUCAUUAUGUCUAUUUAACUGAAAAUUUUUAGUGACUCUAAAUUGGUCUACUUAAUCAAAUUCAAUUGAUAAUAAUCAGUGACCUUCAAAAUCUGUAAGCAAUGAAGGCUCCUGCUCUGUGCACUAGUGUCAACAGUGUUGUUGGUGCUGCUGCUGCUGUCACUUUGGCUCAAAACUCAACUUCAUCUUCAUUUAAUGGAUCCAGUAAAAGCAACAGCAGUAAUAAUUGUGCCAUAAGCAGUAAUAUAAACAAAAGUAGCAGUGAUGAUCCCAACACUAAUUGGCAGCAUGAGAUGCUCAUGGAAAGACUGCGGACCAAAGCUUCUGCCUCACUCCUACGGCCAUUGCUUGAUUCGACUAAGAACAUGCGGCAGUUCAUCCUUAACAAGCAACACCUCAUGGAUGGCAGUGACCGCAUCAGUGCUUCUUCUUGCCUUGAUGACCUCCAGCAGAACAUUCCAGUUACAUCACUUGAAGCAAUGGUUGAGAGACUGGAGGCCACUUCCCGCCAGUUGGGGUUGAAAUUCACCGCUUCACCUAUUGCCAUUGGUGAAGUGUACAUAUCAUGUGACAUGUUCUAUGUGGAAGUCCUGCUGGAUCGCGGUGGUGCCACUAGAGAUGUUCGGGUUGAGUUUGCGGGAGAGUCCACCAAUAUUGAUAAUUCUGAACCUGGACAAUCAUGCCCUGAGCUGAUAGACUGCCUGAGUCGCUGUGACUUCAAGGAGUUCACGACUCAUCUCAAAGGCUUCCUUGCCAUGUACACACUCAGCACCAGUGACAAGAAGGCCAAACUCCAGACCCAAUAUGCCCUGAAGGCGCUGGAGACGGACUUGUCAAAGCUGUUUGCGUUAGCUGAGGAGACCAUCGGGGACCUGUGUAAGCUGGUGCUCAAGAGCCCUGUGGGACUGCUGCUGCCGCGCCGUGGAGGUCACAGCAUGCGGCUGGUAUACUUCAUCUCCCCGUAUGAGCUGCUGGACACUCGAGCUGGACGGUCACUGCCUCUCACACCCAGCACUGUGCGCACGCUCGAGUUUGGGCAGCACGCACAGCUGCACAUCAUCAGCAGCACGACGCUGCACAAGCUUCAGCACACAACACUCAUGCAGACCACCAAGGGAUCUGAUGGCAAAACCUUGCCAUCGUUCUCUGGCCUGACAUCAAGCAACAGCACAGCCAUGCAGUCCGUGUUUGCUCUGAAGCUCCCCAAGCCUCUGCCUCUCUCUCUCACCCUCGCCAAGUGCAUCGCUGACAUCACCGGCAUCACGCUGCAGGACAUCACUGGCACCGACGUGACGGAGGCCGCAGGUGCCAUAGCCAACAGCUGCAGCUACAGGCAGCUGCUCGAGCUGGUCGUCUUGCAGGCUUCAGAGGACAAAAUAUCCCCUUCCUUUCUCGAGAAAGGAUUGAAUGUUACGCUGCCAGACCAGCAGCAUUGCUACUACUUCCCCACCCAAGGCUGUCACUUCCCCGGCAUGCUGGUGAACAGCAUCCCCUUCACCCACCCCACGCACAUCACCUCCAUCCUGGUGCUACUACGCGCCCAGGCAGCCUUCAACACCCUUAUCGCAUCGUGCGUGCGGCCCAACAGCAAACAAGAUGCUGAUUCAGCAUAUAUGUUCGAGGUGACAUCAUUGAGUCACGAGUUUAUCUCGGUGACAUUCGAGCAUCCCCAGGACGAGAGCACGGCUACCGCUGAGAUUGAGCUCACAGACCUCUGCAAUAUUCGGUGCCGUCUUCACACGCUCGCCGCAAACCCUGCCAAUGGAGCAUCAGAGACUAGUCUCUGCUCCGAUGAGUUUGCGACCAAAGUCUUGCAAAGAUGCCUCUCGAUACCGGUGACUAUGCGCGCUGUGAUGCGCAAAGCCAUGAAGGAAGACGUGAAGGACAUGUUGCCUCAGUGUGGUGACUCCGUGGUCAUGAGCGGUAUGCCCUCUUCUGGAGCUCCUGCAGAUUUCACCCAAAAUAACAAGUUUGUUAUGAACGACUACGAUCGGCGCGGUGGUGCUGCCAGAGCUUCUGGCAGCACAAUGGGGACAGGACAACAAAUUCGAGUUGCCAGCUCUACUAGCCCUGUUGUAGGUCAGCAGCGGCCUGCCGGUGGUGGUGCUUCUCCAGCGAUGACUCAGCGUUCCUCUAAUGCGGCAAUGGGAGGGAAUUUUAGUGCAUCUUCAGGAACUAGUAUAUCCAGCGUGGGCUCAACUGUUGCGUCAGGGCCGGCACUUGGUAAUAAUUUUUCGACCUCUAAGACUCCUAAUUUAUUUCCGAAUUUGUCGUAUACUCAAGUCAAAACUGAGCCAAGUCUUGAAAAAGCUCCUUUCUCGAACUUACUUCCCUCCGCCCAAAAAACGGCAAUUUCACAGCAUCAUUUUUUAGAUGAUGUGAAGGCUGUUAAAGUCCGAAAAAGAAAAGUUAUGGACGUUGAUCGGAAAGGUGGGGGAGGAAUGUAUGGAGAUGAUGUAAUUGAGUUGGAUGAUCCUCUAAGAGAUCCCUUGGAAAUUAGUGAAACUAAACCUGAUGUUGACAAAAUGCUUGCCUACGGCGUUGAGAGCUCACGUCGGAAGAUGGAUAAACUUCCUCCGAGUUACGAAGCAAGCACUGACACUCGCAACCGCCGUGACGGUAAGAUGGAAAAACUUCAACAUUUUUUAGCUAAAAGGAGAGCUUCCAAUGAUUCAACUGCGACUACGGCAUCUUCAUCUGCAUUGAGCGACGCUGGCUCGUGCGACUUGGCUGCUCUCCGUGAUCAAGUGUACGGUCCCGGCAGCGCUUCAACAUUUGCUCAGUUCAACCUCGUGCCCAGUGACGACCACAUCACGCCUGAUGGCCGCGACAUCACAAAGAAGAGCAAGAAGGCGAGAAUAAACGAACCUCAAGUCGUUGAAGCUAGAAAGUCACCCAUUGUCUUAGACCUGACUGAGUCAGAUAAUUCUACAAGGAAAUCGUCGAACUCUUCUUCAGGUCGCAUCAGUGGAGGAACGUCAACAAGCAGCUCGUCGGCUGUCGUCAACUCCUCAACUCUCCUCAAGCGACCAGGCAUUGAAAUAUUUCCCAUCCCUGGAGCAGCUACUCCCAUCUCAAUUCCUUCGUCUAUUACGGUAACUCCGGUCAUCAAAUCCUCGUCUUCGUCAUCUCUUGCUUACUCGUCCGACGACAGAUCCAAAGAGCGGAAAGACCGAAAAGACAGGAAAGACUCCGACAAAAAAGACAAGAAGAGAAGGAGGGAAGACUCUCCUAGCAGCAGCAGCAGCAGCAAGAGUAAAGUGCAAGUUAUGAGUAACUCGCUGAAACAUUCAUCAUCUCUUCCGUCCAUGGAUAAGUUCAGGUCUGACAGCAGCAAUAAGAGUAGCAGCAGCAAUUCGGGAUUGAGUAGCAAGCCCAAUACUCCUCCUUAUCAGUCGCCAUCCAAGAAUAGCAGUAACAGUAAACUUUCAUCGUCACCUAACAUUUCAAAGAGUUCAUCGUCUCAACAUUCUUCUAAACUGACCUAUAGUCCAACCCAUAAGUCGUCAAGCAGCAAUAGUGGCACCAAGACAAUCUACAGCCCAUCGCAGAGUCAACACCAUGGCAGCAGCAAUAGUUCUCCGAAGCCUGCCAUCAGCCCAAAGCAGCAAGGACUCUCACCUAAGCUAUCCAGCUCUGGAAAGCCUAGCCUCAACGCUCUCAAGACCUCCACGUCUUCACCAUCAUCUUCCUCCAAAUCAAGCCUCUCACCCAAGAAUGCCAGUGGAACUACUACUAAUAGCAGCAGUAUGCCUGUAAAUUGCAGCAGCAGCAGCAGUAGUAGUGUCGGCAAUAGCGGGAUCAGCAAAAACACCAGUAGUAGCGGUAGCAGCAAUACUAGCGGUAUCGUGAGCUCUAUUAGUUCCAGUCAGUAUGGAGCAAGUAAAGAACGAAGUUCAAGUUCUAGUCCUGCUCGUGCUCAGGUUUCGGGCCUACCAAAUAUUCUCUCAUCCUCUAGUAGCUCUAGUCUGCCCAACUCGUCAUCUAAGCCCAAGUCUUCUUCGAAUUCAGCAAAUAUAUCCAAUUCUGGGUCGACAAGCAGCUCGGACAAAUCUAAGUCAUCAAAUUUCGCUGACACCUUACCUAAGCCACCUAUUAGCUCAACCACGUCUUCAGGUCAGUCUUUUUUUGUAGCUUCUAACUCAUCAGUCGCGAACGCAUUACACGACAAAGCUUCUUUUUUAUUGGACAAGGCCAAAGCUUCUCCCCCUAAGAACCGGAAAGGUUCAUGUUUGAGUGAUAUCGUGGACAAGUUGAGGGCUGGCGUUUCUGGUUCCACUGACCCCAUUGUCAUUGGGGAGACCUGCAAUGACAGGAAAGAAAUCACCAAAGUAGGGGCUGUGAAUGAUCUAAAAAAAGAUCCUGAUAAAAAGAAUGAUUACACUCUGAAACCAUUAGAUGGUCUCAAACUGAGUUUCAAUAAAUCCAAGAGUAAGGAACUGAAAGAAAAUCAAAUUAAGUCUUCAAAUAUGGCUUCAGUCUCGCCGAACUCUAAAUUAAACAAGUCCACCUCGGGUUUGAAGCCUGGAGUGGUAAGUGGUCCUGCGUCAAAGAAAGUUUCAAUGUCGAAUUUGCCUCCCAUACCAAAACUGAACAGCUCCACCAACAUCAACUCAACGGCCUCGGUAUCUCCACUGGCUUCUCCACUCGUCUCUGCAGCCUCCUCAAGCUCGUCAUCUUACAACUCAGUGGCAGCGCAACAAGGCUACUUUUCCCAUUACAAGGAAAGGGUCAAGGAGAAACCUUCAUCUUAUGAUAAAACUUCCAGCUGUGAUAGACCCAGAUUGAAAGACAUGUCGUCUCUGUUGUCAUCUCCAUCAACGUUAUCAUCCAAGUCUAAUUCUGACGCUCGGCGUGAGCCUAGUGGUGCGGAGAAACAUCUCGGUGGGAGUGUUAAUAGUAGCAACAGCAGCUCGAAUGCUUCUAGUUGUGCGUCGAACGCAACUAUCAACUCAGCACAAUCAGUCGGCAAAUGUAAAGAUGAUUUCCGAGCUGAUAGCCUACAGAGUAAGAAAGCCAGUGAUGGAGAUAGUCGAUCCAAUAGGACUGGAUAUCAAAAAUCCUCCGAAUCAUCAGAGUGUAAAGAGAGUUCAUAUAAGGGAACUUCAGUGAGCAACAAGCCUACAGACAUGAUGAGCUCAUCUGGAUCUAGUAUGCUGAUUUCGUUGCUCACAGGCCAAUCUCCCCCGACGAAUAAAAGUAAUGAAUCUUUUAGACAGAGCUUGAAGUCGGGAUGCGAGGAAAACGACACGAAAUCAGGGCUUGCUGGUCUCGAAUAUUCUGCUACCAUUAAGUUGAGCUCUGCUAACUCAUCUCUAGCCACUAAACUCUCUUCUUCAUCCGGAGAUGAUUCAUGCAAGCUGAAUGAACCGGAAAAAUUGGUUAACCACGUCAAUUCUGCGCCUACCGUGCCUGAGACUUUGAAGUCUUCAGGUACAAGUUCAAUUAUUCUUCCUAAGGCCUGCCUUGUGAACAACAGUAACUCCAUUGCAUCGUCGAAUGCAUUCAACAACUCGACCUCAUUAUCUGCGGGACGCGCAGUUCCCCUGAAAGUCGUUCCUUCUUCUGACAGCCUACCCCCACCACCCCCACCUCCUCCCCCUAAGCCCUCAAUCAGCCCUAGUGCGAACUGCGUACCUCCUCCGCUCUCUCCUUCCGUCUCAAUUAAAAUCGUCAAGUCUCCAGCGCCCGCCUCGUCCCCAUUAAAUAUGAUAUCUCCCUUGUCGAUGUCCUCUCAGCAGUCGCCGUGCAUUAUUGACGACGAUCUCAUGGAUGAAGCUCUCAUGGGUCCUCGCAAGUGACUGAGGAACAACCUGUGGCUUGCCCGUUGUCUUCAGGCGAAGGUGACGCGGUGCCACGGCCAGAUCUGCGGACAGCGUUGUUGAGGAAGGCAGGCUGAGCGGCACUCUCAUGUAUCUUCAGUAUUUUUGAAUCUAACGUGUGAUCUUAUUGCACCGCUGGGCAAUGAAUACGCAAAGUUAAUGUUCACUUUUUAAACGUAGCUAAUAUGUAAGACAGUUCCGUCAAAUACAUGAUUGUGUAUAAUUGUUGUGGAGGUAGAAACCUCGCUAUUUUCCAGGAACAGUCUGUAGCAGAUACACAUCUCAUUUCAAACUAUUGAUUGAUAUUCAUUUCAUUUUAUUUAAGUUGUCAUUCCGUUUAUUGAACCUAAUUUUGACUUUGCCAUUUGUAACUCUGUUGAAAAUUAUUUCCCAGCUUAGACAUCAUCGUACCUCAACGUUAUUGUGCCUUUUGAGCAGUUGCGCGGAGAUGUCCAGCAUUAAUUGUUGGGCACUUGAACAAGACACAGUUGCUCUAUUUGUAGGGCGCGGAUAGCAGAGAUAAAUUGAUCCGAUUAGCGGAAAACAAUGACGCAUUCAUCGGUAUGCAUCGUUUUCUUUGUGUAAGCUCACCAGUAUUUACUCUCGGACUAGGUUAAACGCGUAAAUCUAGCAAAUUCGCACUAAAUUUGGUGCCCGCGCUGAAUGGUUAAAUCGUGAAAAGUAACAAUUCUCGUGAGGCUUAUUUUAGCUGAUUAUCUUUAUUAACAAUAAUGUUGAGAAUUAUUGCUAGAUAGAAAUUAAGGAGUACAAAUCUUGUGUAAGGUGACACCGCGUUGCGUUUGUUCGAUUUCUCGUGCUUCGUGAGUACUUCGCCUCGUGUACAUUUGGGUCGCUCCGACGCAUGCCACAAUUGCUGAUAUUUUCACUCGAAGGAUUUUUAUUUACCUUAAUUCAAUUUUUGGCAUAUUAAUGUAGAUCAUUUUCCGGAGAUCCUAUCUUAAUUUAUUGUCGUUUUUUCUGUUGUACGCUGGAUUUAGAAGCACGUUUAAAUCCUGCUGCUCAUCCCAGCUAGUCUUGCGAGCCUCCAUCUGCCCCAGGUGAUGUCAAUUCUUCAUGUUUCCUCCAGCUGGCAAUUCUUUACAUUUCAUAGGUCGACUUAUGAGCGGUUAAGCUCUGUCAGUUCUAGUAUUUUAGUAUUAAAUAAGUGCGCUUCUGAUAUUCUCCUUAGCAAUGCGCAAAUUUAUUAUAAUUAUUUCGACAUUUUUUAUAAUUAUGCUAACCGUAAGUAGUUCAUCAAAUUUCGUAGAAUCUUGUGAAAUGCACUGGCCUUCUCACGUUCUAUCUGCCAAGUUUGCAAAUGUCUAUUUUUGCAUGAUCAUUCUUUACGAGAGCAAAUUAUUCUUUUUUGUCGCAGCCUUACACACACACUUGCAGCCUUAACCGUCCAUGCAUCUCUUCUGCAUGAAACAGGUGAUUUGUUCAUGCAGAUCAUGCAUAUGCGAUCGUUGAUCUGAUGACCAAUGAUCGAAACUUUGUUAUUCCCAAAUUAUAGUUCACGUGUUGACGCUCUGCUCGCUGAAAGUUUUAGUUUCAUGCACAACCUGACAACACCACCAAAGAUUAUUUAAACAUGUAAACCGACGCAUUUUAUCACUCUCACUUCAGGGUUGCUAGUCUAUGUUCAUGUGUGCUCCACGACACACGAGACUUCAAGGUGUAGGGAGAGCCACACUGUUCAUCAGGCAUUGAGCGUUAUUCAUGAUGCAAUAAUAUGUACGAUUUUUAAAUCUCACUACGUUAUAACUUUGUUUAUACCGUGUAUCAUCGUUGUUUUUAGCACUUCCUUGAGUGCGCUCUCCUCCAAAUAUGUUUGAUAUCUUGUGGUUUAAGUUGCUUUGGUUUGAAUAUCGUUUACUUGGAUUAUCUUCAAUGAUACCGAAAUAUUUAAGGUGUGACUUUAGACAUCUGGUUGUAGAUAAAUCGCGAUCAAGAGGUGUGAGGUACUAAGCACAGUCACUUGAUGUUCAGAACUUGUAAUUUGAAUCAGUGCUCACUCUUAUAACUGACGACUGAGCUAUUCGUAAAUGCUUGCCGUCUAGCGACACAUUUUACGGUCUAUAAACUUGUUUCCUGCUUGAAUUAUAAAAGUGACUAGUCGGUAAUAGAGAAAUUAGGUAUCGAGGAGCACGUAAUUGCUAGACACAAUUCCUUUCAUUGCUAAGAUGUGAUUCAAUACAUGACGUAGAAUAUGAACUUGACAAUAAAAGACAAGUGAGCAAACAGAGGAACGCGUUUGUUUGGCAGAUUGAAAUUAUUAGCUUAAUACAUUAUGACCAUUUAAGAGUUUUUUCGAAGAAAUGCACCGCACUUUGCCUUCGGACUGUCCUGUCCCAAGGACUCCAGUUAUCUUAGAUAGUAAAAGGCUAGGGUAAGCUACAUUGUAAUCGUCAUUUAUUUGGUAUCUUUCUUUUCGAAAAUCCAACUUGAAAUUCUAAAGCAAAGUUGGCGAGUAAUCUUUGUAUUGGUAAUGAUAUUUUUAAUAAGUUAUAUCAACAUAUGUUAAUAUUUUACUCUAAUUAUAUUUAAGGUCUUAGCUUUGAAGUUUUAUCGACUAAUAAUUUCGAGACUUGCAAGGCGGGUGCAACUCACGUCGGUCUGCUUGCGCACCUUUCGUGUGGCCUGUACCGAGGUACUUAUUAAAGCCUAGUGUAAUCACUUGUUUAUCGAAGUGUACAUAUUUGUAAGUAGAAACAUUGAGUGAGCUAUAAUGUUAAUUUUUAGCUAAGAACAACUACAUAAAAUGGUGCGGAAGGCGCCGUGGACUGCAAUGAUUUAGAAAUAGACUCGUUUGCUAGAAAAAAUGAGCGUGAUCUCUGCUGCAAGAGCAUCACUUCUGAUUUAGCUGAUGAAGAUUGUGUUUUUCCAUUCCAUUAUUAAUUUCAAAGCAGUGCAUGUAUAUAUGAUUAAUGAUCGAGAUGAGAUAGUUACGGGAAAUGAAAAAUUAGAUUAUUAAUACAUUUUUUGGGUUGUUUAGAUUUACUUUUCAUUUCACUUUGAAUGAAUUUCUCAUUAUUGCUCUUGUGCCUUAAUAUCUUACAGAUUUUUGCUGGCCAAACCGUUUCUGCUCCUAUUUCCAACUAGGAAAUCCUUGUGUUGAAUUAACUGCCUCAUUUGGCGGGUUUCUCAUUUAAUUAGGCUAAUUCCAAGAGUUUGUUAGUGUUAUUUUUGUUUCUAUUAAAUCUCGCGGCAAAUACGACUAUUUGUUACACCUACCGCAAUUGCUUCUACUUGAAUUCUGACCAGAAAAUUAAUAUCCUUCAUUUGCUUUUCUGGUUGAUGUGUAUUGAAUUGCAUGGUUGCCUGGUGAGGUCAACUCGGAGGACUCUCGCUGGGACGCAAUCGUAUCGUAAUAGGAUACUAAUAUUGCUAAAUAUAUCAACAGGAUGUUUAUCCGUCCUCUGGAUAUUACCGUGGGUGGAUGUCUUCUUUGAUAUGCGUUCUUCUAUGGAAAUAACCCAUGGUCUUUCAGGUCAGAACUUCUACACUGACCUUUUUUCGAGUCUUCGGCCCUUGGUUUGGAUUGCGAUGUGCCUCUGCUCUCUUAAAAUUUACUGUGUAGACAAUUUUAUACUCGGCUCGUGGAAACAAAUAAUUUCGAGAGCUCUUAUUGAGUGCAUGUGGCCUAACGGUUUGCACGCACAAAUCGUUAGAUUAUCUAAACAUGUUAAUGGUCUCCAUGCGUAUAUGAUGGAUACGUUCCUGCAAUGCCAGCGAAGAAGUUCAGAUUUUUGGAGAAAGGAUGCGAUUUUGGCUAACGGA